GGAUUAGAACUAGAUAAUUCCUACAAUUUAUGGCCAUACAUUUACAAUCUAUGUCCUUAACGGAGAUCCAUGUGUGUUCAUGGCUAACUACGGAGCACCUAAAGAUUCCAAUAUCAGUAGAAGGGAAAGGAUCUUCGUUCAUUCAAUCUAUCGCUUUUAUAUGGGAAAUAGUCAUCAAGAGAUAUACUUUGGUCGGAAAUAUUUUAACUUGGUAGGCCACUUGCUCUCUUUACCUGAAACAAUGCCGGCACAUUAACCAAUAUAUUUUAUCACAACAUCAAAAGUAUCAUCAACAACAUCGCACCUUUAGAAUACUGUAAACCUGCAUUCUCCAAAGAUCUCUUUAUACCGAUCAGUACAAGAAGACGUCUUCAAAGACAUUGUACUCAAUUCCACAACUUAAAUGACCUUUUCUCUUUAAUAACGAUGACGGAAAUACUUGUUCGAACAGAGGCAAUAAGUAAACAAAAAGUAGUAGCACAGGAAAAACGUGCAGUUGAACGUAAUAAUAACUCCUCUGCACUCACCAUACUACUCCAAAAUAAACUUAAACGCUCUAAAUCGAGAGGGAGUAUAUUCAUUAAAGGCAAACAAGUAUACGAAGAUCCCAAACUUGUCACAGAAUUAUUUAGUGAACAUUUUUGUUUCUCACUAAUUAACGAAAAACCAUUUAAUGAUUCAGAACCAACCCCAGUAACUCCCUGUGAAAUUACUGAUGUAGAAUUCAGUGUGCAAAAUAUCUCCAAGGCAAUCAGUGCAUUGAAACACUCCUACACUGAUGGAUCAGAUGGUAUUCCAUCUAGCAUUCUAAAACGUGGACGUGAUGAUAUGUGUGUUUUGCUUCUCAAACUAUUCGUGAUGUCACUCUCUUCAGCGUGUUACCCUACUGCCUGGAAAACUACACAUAUCAUUCCCAAAAUUAAAACAGGACCUGAAGGAAACGUUGAAAAUUACCGGCCUAUAAACAUAACUUCAGUGGUAUCCAGAGUGAUGGAAAAAGUAGUUAAGGCGGCUGUAGUCCAACAUCUACAAACUAAUAAUCUCAUCUCGACUUCCCAGCAUGGAUUUCUUAGGUCCAGAUCAUGCGACACAUGCCUAGUUGACUACCUGAAUGAUAUAACUCUGAAACGAGACAGCGGACUCCUUGUAUUAGUCCUAUUCCUAGACUUUAAGAAAGCCUUUGAUAAGGUCCCACACAAAAGGCUAUUCGUCAAACCAAAGUCCUUCGGAAUACACAACCCACUGUACUCAUGGUUUGCUUCGUUCUUAACAGAACGUAAACAGAUGGUAAAGUACAAUAACUGCCUCUCGUCCCCUAGACCAAUCACCAGUGGAGUCAUCCAGGGAAGCGUAUUAGGUCCACUUUUGUUUCUUAUGUAUAAAAACGAUAUAUGUAACACCAUAGAAUUUGGGAAACCAUACUUAUAUGCUGAUGAUCUCAAAAUAGUAUACAGCUAUAAGCCUGAGACACUAAGCGAAAGUGUAUCCCAGAUCCAAAACGACCUCAAUAACUUAACUAUAUGGAGUGAAAAAUGGCAAUUACCAUUUAACCUCAACAAGUGCGGGAUCAUGCACUUUGGAAAGCAUCCCUAUAAACCGCAACUUCACUUAAAUGAAAGUAGAGUCCAAACACACGAAUCAGUACACGAUUUAGGAAUUAAUUACACAAGAAGCCUGAACUUUGAAGAACAUGACUCCUCUAUUAUUUCUAAAUCUAGACGGCUAAUUGGUUUUAUAAUGAAAAUUUUUUUCACAACAGAGGGUAAACUUACUCUCUACAAAAUAUGUGUAAGACCCUCCCUUGAAUACUGCUCUUUUGUCUUUUCUAAUAUGAAUAUCACAGACAAGAUAAAAGUAGAAGAUGUUCAAAGACGUUUCACACGCCAACUGCUAGGAUGCAACUGGAAUCUCGAUUACACAGACAGAUGUAAGCAUCUAUCUUUAGAACCUUUAUGGCACCGUAGGCUAAAAAACAAUUUAAUAUUUCUCUACAAAGCGAUAUAUGGGCUCUCCUUUCUAACCUCCUGCCCGACUAUUACCCACGACCCAUCUUAUAGACUUAGAAACAACAAAUAUACACUACUUACCGUAAAACACCAAAAACAAAUGCGUUGUAAGUUCUUUACAGUACGGUACAGUUUAUUGUGGAACAGGCUGCCAAUGCCUAUCCGUAAUUGUGAUACGUUUAUCAGAUUCAAAAGGCUAAUAACCCUAUUUCUAGAUUCAAAAGAGCUGUCACGAACUUAUGGUAUUGAUGCUGACUUAUCACGCAAAAUACCUCUUUAAAUCGUGUUACGAAUGUUGAAUUGGUUUCACUUCCUACCCAGAAAUCCUAUUACAAGCAAACUAGACAAUUCGAUAAUUUACGAAGCAUGCUCAAGACCCUAUGAUACCU